AAAGGAAGCGGAAGGCGGCGGCGGCAACUCCUUGUCCUCCAUCGCCUGCUGUGUCUUCUGCGCGGCUACUUUUUCUAAUUAGCCUUAGGAAACAGGUGAGGCGGAGGUGGCGGCGGCCACCGUUAUAUUUGCGGAGAAAGCGAAGAAAUUGCUGCGGUGUGAAACGAACGGUCCCAGAGACUGAUUUGAUGUAGGUACUACUUAAUCUUGAAAGUGAAUGCUGCUAAAAUGUCAGCACUAAGCAACGACUGUUCACAUUUGGAAUCUGUUGGUGAGAUCACCAAGGAAGACUUAAUACAUAAAUCUCAUGGUACUUGCCAGGACUGUAAAGUAAAAGGACCAAAUCUUUGGGCAUGCUUAGAGAAUAGAUGUUCAUAUGUUGGAUGUGGGGAGUCUCAUAUAGAUCACAGUACCAUACAUUCCCAGGAGACAAAGCACUAUCUAACUGUUAAUCUUACCACACUACGUGUCUGGUGUUACGCGUGUAGUAAAGAAGUCUUUCUGGAAAGAACACUGAGAUCUCAGUCUUCAUUGCAAAAUGUACGGUUGUCUCAUCAACCUCCAGAACACAGCAUUCAGGAUAUUAGGUUUCCUAGUAUCUCAACACUGAAAAUCCCUCUAAUUGCAACAUUUGAUGACCUAGAUAUACAGGUAGAUGAAGAAGAUGAAUUCAAGGCUAGAGGUCUGACAGGUUUGAAAAAUAUUGGAAAUACUUGUUACAUGAAUGCAGCUUUACAAGCUCUCUCAAAUUGUCCCCCAUUGACCCAGUUUUUCCUUGAUUGUGGGAGCUUAGCUCGGACUGAUAAAAAACCAGCAAUUUGCAGAAGCUAUUACAAACUCAUGACAGAACUCUGGCAUAAAAACAGGCCAGGGGCUGUUGUCCCCACAAAUCUAUUUCAAGGAAUCAAAACAGUUAAUCCAACUUUUCGAGGUUAUUCCCAACAGGAUGCACAGGAAUUUCUGCGUUGUUUAAUGGAUUUGUUACAUGAAGAAUUAAAGGAAAUUGUUAUUACAACAGAGGAUGCUAACCCACCAAAUGCAGAAGAGUGCAUGGAAGAAGAACGAAACCAACCAGAUGUCGAUUUUCAGUCAUGUGAUAAGACAGAAAAUGAGACUUGGUCAAAAGUUGUGGCAGAGGACCAUGCAGAAGAUGCUAUGUUAAUUGCAGAUGAUGACAAUGCAUCUAAAGACUAUCAGAACGAGAAAUCCUUGUGCUCCAAGAUGAAUAGAGCUAGUUCUUUAGAAGACAUAGAAAAAGAUCUGAACAGUUUCUUUGAAACAGCUGAAUUCUGGAAUAGCCAGGAAACAGUGAAGGUGCAAAUUCACAGUCGAUACUCAGACUAUAUCAAUGAUGUCCAUAUGAAUGAUGUUUCUGUGCCACAAAGUUUUCCUUCAAAAGAUGGAGGGAAUGCACGUUUAUCAACCAGUCCACCCAAAUCAGGUUCUUUCUGGUCUGGAUUGGCACCCUCUCACAAAAAAGUUCCAGCUGUGCCUUCCUCCAAAAAGAAGAAACACAAAAAAUACAAAAGCAUUAUUUCUGACAUAUUUGAUGGGAGUAUUGUAAGUUCAGUACAGUGUCUGACUUGUGAUCGGGUGUCAGUUACCCUGGAGACUUUUCAGGACUUGUCCCUGCCUAUUCCAGGUAAGGAGGAUCUUGCUAAGCUGCAUUCUGCAAGUCAUCAGACUUCACUUGUCAAGGCAGGGUCAUGCGGAGAAGCUUAUGCUCCUCAAGGAUGGAUAGCAUUUUUUGUGGAAUACUUCAAAAGGUUUGUUGUCUCCUGUGUUCGUAGCUGGUUUUGGGGUCCAACAGUAACAUUACAAGAUUGUCUUGCUGCCUUUUUUGCUAGAGAUGAGCUGAAAGGUGACAAUAUGUACAGCUGUGAAAAGUGUAAAAAGUUAAGGAAUGGAGUAAAAUUCUGCAAAGUUCAACACUUCCCUGAGAUUUUAUGUAUUCAUCUCAAACGAUUCAGACAUGAUCUUAUGUUUUCCACAAAAAUUGGGACUCAUGUAUCCUUUCCCUUGGAAGGACUUGAUCUACAACCUUUUCUUGCUAAGGACAGUCCAGCUCAAAUAAUGAUGUAUGAUCUCUUAUCAGUCAUCUGCCACCAUGGAACAGCUAUCAAUGGACACUAUAUAGCUUACUGCCGGAACAACUUAAAUAAUCGUUGGUAUGAGUUUGACGAUCAGAGUGUCACGGAAGUAACAGAAUCAACUGUUCAAAAUGCAGAAGCUUAUGUUCUUUUCUACAGAAAAAGCAAUGAAGAAGUUAAAAGAGAGAGACAGAGGGUAUCAAGCUUUAAUGUAAUGGAACCAAGUCUGCUCCAAUUUUACAUUUCCCGACAGUGGUUGAAUAAAUAUAGGACUUUUGCAGAGCCAGGACCAAUUUCAAAUAAUGAUUUCCUUUGCGUACAUGGAGGAGUUCCUCCACACAAGGCUACUUCUAUAGAGGACCUAGUAGUAAUGCUACCUCAAAACAUAUGGGAUAACUUAUAUAGCAGGUAUGGUGGAGGGCCAGCUGUUAACCAUCUGUAUGUUUGUCAUACCUGCCAAGUGGAAGCAGAGAAAAUAGAGAAAAGAAGGAAGACAGAACUGGAAAUGUUUAUUCGGCUCAACAGAGCAUUUCAAGAGGAGGAGUCUCCAUCCAUAUUCUAUUGCAUCAGUAUGCAGUGGUUCAGAGAAUGGGAAGGAUUUGUGAAGGGCAAGGACAUUGAUCCUCCAGGUCCUAUUGAUAACACCAAAAUUGCUGUCAGUAAAUGUGGAAUUGCUGCUCUGAAACAAGGAGCCGAUUCUGGACAGAUUUCUGAAGAAACAUGGAACUUUCUUCUGUCAAUAUAUGGGGGAGGGCCAGAAAUCAUACUGCGGCCACUUGUGGCUCAAAUUGAACCUGAACCAUUAGAAACUGAAGAUAAGAUUGAGUUAGAAACACGUUGUCUGUAGUCAUCACUACAAAGAUCAAUAAUUACAACAUAACUCUCAUUUAACAAACAUUCCAAAAAAUGUUUAAGUUGUUUUUGUUUUCCCUGUGAGCAGACUGAAUUUUGGGCAUUAUUGCAUCUGUGAAAAAUGAAUUGACACUUGUAACACACAGAUUCUUUAAAAAUGUAUUAGAAGCUUUCAGAAAGACUGGUCUGGUCUUGAAAAGGUAAUUUUCUUGUCCUACAUAAUUGUAUGUAUGCAAAAUAUAAUGGAAGGAUUUAACCAUUCUUUUUAAUAUAUCUAUGAAUUUUGAGGCUGUUUCAAAUCACGUUUUGUCAAGACAAGAUUUUAAAAGGGUUUUGAGUACCAUUGAUGAAAUUUAACAAAAAUACAUACUUUUAAUGUUCUAUGAAAACUCAGGAAAAGUUAGGUUUCACUUUUAUUUGCACUGCACUGUAGAAAAGCAUAAUGACCUAAAAGUGUCCAAUGCUUUUCUUAUUUGAAUAUAUAAGCUAUAUGAAUUAUUUGUCAGCAGAUGUAACUUACUGCUACUGUUUAAACCUUCUGAUAAGUUACAUAUUCCAUGUAAGCUAGUAUAAUCAAUAGUAUGCAUCAGUUUAACUAAACAAGCCUAUAAUUUAAGAGUGUUUGUUCUGAAGUGGGUAUGUUAACUGCUUGUGCACCUGAGAAAUUUUCUAAUCUUUUUGUAAAUUAAAUGCAUCCAUAGUUUAAUGUGGAAAAACUGUACAGUUGCUCGUUGUCCAUUAGCAUGAUUAAUGUUGUCUGAUAUUGAAUUGAAUAAACACAAGAUCGCAAAGGUAUUCUAGAUUAUUCAUAUUGAAAUGUUGAAUGUCACCCAAAUAUUUUACUUCUUGAUUACUGCUAACAUAUAAGCAAUAUUAUUAAAUGCUAAUUCAAUAAAAACAAUUUUUAAAAUGGU